GUUACGUGCGAGCCGUGGAACGGAUCGCUGAAUCGUUUCGUUGCAUCGCUGACUAGGUCCCGGAACAUUUUGGCCAUUUAUCCUGCAUCUAAUCCCCGUGAAUUGUUUUUAUCGAUCAAUUAUCAUAAUGGCACUAGCUCAAAAAGAGCAAAUAUUGAAGAUACACCCUCAAAAUGAACUUAAAUUCGUCGGUCCAUUCACUUCUCCAGUCUUCUCUUACAUAACCUUGGAGAAUCCUUGCGACAAGAAAGUUUGUUUCAAAAUCAAGACUACUGCUCCGAAAAAAUAUUGUGUCAGGCCAAAUUCAGGCUCUGUAGACCCUCAUCAAAGUGUGCAAGUAGCAGUUGUGCUGCAAUCAGCUGGUAUUGAUCCCAAUGAGAAGAAUAAGCAUAAAUUUAUGGUACAGUCAGUGAUUUUGCCUGAGGACACUCCUGUGGAAUCUGUCUGGAAAGAUGUCAAGCCAGAGUGCUUAGUUGAUUACAAAUUGAAAUGUGUUUUUGAGAUGAAUGAGUCAGAAGAUGAAAAUGUGCAAGAAAAAGAAAAGAAAUCUGUCACUGUUUUACCACCAGAAACGUGUGAGGAACAAGAGCAUGCUAAGACAUCCAGUGAAACAAAAACUUGCAGCCAAGAAGAAGCAAACCUUAGACUAGAGAAUACUGAACUCAAGAAACUGAUCCAAGCAUGGAAGGGGGGAAACCCGCACUGGACGUAUGGUGGCUAUGACCAGCAGAAGCAAAUGCACACGUGGAAACGCAUCAAUCCACCAAAAGGCGAUUCAGAAGACCAGGGACUCCUUGACAGAUAUUCCCUCACUUCUGUCUUUCUUGCUAUCAUUGUCGGCUUAAUCGGUGUACUAAUUGGCAAGUACGCAAUUUAGAGGCCUCUAUUUCAUCUAUCCUUUCUUACAUUGCCCAUGAAGCAUUCAAAUUUUAUCUUUCUCCCAUCGUUAAUCUCCCUGUCUCUUUCCUCUCCUAUUUUUACAUUUAUUCCCUCGUCGAAUCUAUGCUUUCUUUUUGAAAACCUGCCCCCCCACGAACCAAUUUUCAGUGACCGUCCUGCGGAUUUUUUGCCGCGUAAUGAAUAGAAAUAUCUUGAAUAGAAAUUUUCAGUUGCCCGUUCUUCAAGCAAACACAAGCUGCUCUUUGGUUGGGGGUUUCUUGCUUUUAAUUUGUGCUGCUCUUGCCGUAAGUCAGGGCUGCAGGUUAAAUUUUUAAUGUCAUGUUUUGAGGUUCUCGGUUUUGAAAAGUGGCCUUUUUAUAAGUGAGUCUCAUCAAAAAGUUGAAAUUCGUUGAGAUAUUGGGAGAAAGCAGAAUUAAAUACUUGGAAAUGGAUUUGUGAUCUAACAGGAGCGGAACUUUAAAAGGCACAGGUGGAGGUUUGGGAGUGGAAUGUCGAUGAAUUGAAUAUCGAUAAAUUUUAAAUUAAUGCAACUCUAGAUAUACUUACCAUUUGUUAACUUUUUUUGGAAUUAAGUUUUCAGGCCUCAUUAUCUAUUCAGAAUAAACUCGAAUAUAAGGCAGUGAAUUUUCCAUGUAUUCAUCUUCAUGAAUUAUUUUUACAACAUUUUUAGAGAAUGAACUGGAGGAUAUUGCUUUUAAAAUUUCUCAUUUCUCUAGAAAGAAUGGAAUUUUGAAAUCAAAUUUAUUAUCAACAGCCUUGGAAAUAUAUCAUGAUCUUAAUCUUGCACUUUGAAUCUGGAUGUAUCUAAUGUCAAAAACGAUCAUGUAUUUCAUGGUUAAUCGUAAAUAUUCAUUAUUUAUAUCUGGCUUCUCACAGUUCUUGAAGUUGUGUCCGGACUGUGAGCAUCAUUAAUCCAAUCUGCAGGUUUUUUGCGAAAAGAAUCAAUUAUCCAAUGACUUGGCAAAUGUGUUAAACUUUAAUACUGGAGCAUAAUCUCAGAGUGUCUAACCUGUUCAAAAAGUUACAUACUGGAUAAUUCCAGGAGUAAAAAGCAAGUUUUACCUUUUAAACAUUUUAAAAGGUGAGAAUUUCAUCACCACUCAGUUGAAGAAUAAAAUUGAGUAGCUAGCUCUUGUACGACUUGGAAGAGUGCUAAAUAAUGGCGAAUUUCCUCCUGUUGAAGACUCUCACACCUCUCUCAGUUGAAUGAACAUCUCUAUCAAUGACGAUUAGGUUUAUAAGCCUCCGACAGGAAAUAUUCAUCAAAACCCUACAAAAAGAAUAGAAAAACAGGAUGGACUGGCAAGACUUGGCUGAGAGUUACCGACCGAUCAUGGUUGGAGAAUUGUCACAUCAUUAUAAACCCUUGCUUGCCUCAUCUUUAAUCAAAGUUUGUAUCUAAGUAGACGUUAAUGUAAAUAAUUAAAAGUUGUUACAUCUUUCCGUUAGACAUUUUUGGAAUUUCUUUUUUGAUUAUUCAUUAAUUUAUUUAUUUAUUGACACCUCUUUUUUAUGAUCCUGUUUUCUUAACAGAGUCGUUAGUGUAUUCUAAUUUUAGACCCAACAUGUUAAUUGUGAGCCUGGCGGUUUAUCAUGCAUGGUCCUCACCAAUAACAUUGCCAUAUUGCUGACCCAUGAACAUAGGCAAUGCUACCUAGGGACCCAAAACCAAGCUCUGAACCGUUGGCUUAGUCAGGAGAGAGUUUUACCUAUUCCUACCAUGAGUUUCCUCUUUUAUUUUUUAUCAUUGAACACCCAAUUCUGUUGUUAAAAGCAAUAACACCGUAACCUCAUUCCAGAUUUUGCAUUUUACCUUCACUUACAAUCGAUUAUCUAAAAAGAACAUUACCUUCAUGCUUCAUUUUUUCAGGUUGAGUUUUUAAUGGUAUGACACGGUUUUUUCAAAAGAAAGGGGGAAAAAAUGAUGGAGUGUGAUCAAUGGUCUAUUUUCUUGUCUGAAAAAAUAUUUUAAAUUGAGUUACGGUGUUCCUGCUUUCGAUAGCAGAAGUUUUUCAGUUCAAUUCUUUUUCUGGGCAGAACUAUUGUUAAUAGGGCUAUUGUAGUUCAUGUGUUGGCCAUUUUUAAUGCAUGUGCUUUGUUUUAAGAGAGACGUGGUCUCUGUGUGAGGCCUGUUGAUUCAGCUCCUGACUAUGCUGAAAGACCAAGGAGUUGGAAUGUUGACGGCUCUGUUGUUGUUAAGCCCUCGCUUUUUAUUCAUGUUAUUUUAACUUUUGAGAAAAAAUUUUCCCUUGAAAAUUGGACUGUGAAAAGCUGUUGUAAUGGGAAGGGGUCUCUAAUAAUUGGGAUGUUCUAAUGUCCUAGUGUAUUUUCCACCUAUAAAUUCCUCCCAUAAUUUUGUGGGCUGUUGUCAGUGGCGCAGCCCUUUGUUUCGUGAUCUUGGAUUUGUAAGAUUUUUGUGAAUUCCACUGUGUGAGUUUCCAAUUUGUCUGGUUUUUGACCUUGCUAUUAGCAUUUGUUGAUUUUCAGAAUUUUUCACCAAUUUUUAGGUCCCAGUAAAUGUUUGUUUUUGAUGUUCUUUAAUCCUAUGUUCUGGCCUAAAGUGGGAAAUGAUGACACAUUUUUCAUGCAUGAAAAUUAGACGAAUCCUAACACUAACUACUUAUGAACUCGUGCAAAGAAUUAUUACUAGUUGAUGAUAUCAUCGAUUUUCUCAGUGACUGCCAUAUUCUUGUCUCCAAGUAGUGUCAAACCCUAAUAGCAUUCUUUGCUGUCAUUUAUGGCAUCAUUCUUUCUUUGAUCAUACCAAGCCUGCGUAAAUCUUUUUGCAUAAUAAAAAUUUUCCAGUAUUAAGAUCUGAAGCUAUUUCAAGCCAAUUCUGCAGCUUCAAUUAAUGGCGGGUGCCAAGCAGGACAGAAAUUCAUUUUAUGGCAGUUGAAAUUUUUUAUCUUUCGCCCUGUUCAAUUAUGCAAAUCUCUGCUUCUUUUACACCGCUCUUUAUGCAAAUGUAUCUGCUUAGUCCUUUGUUAGUCUCAAGAACUUUACUGUCCCUCUCACAGUAUGAUGGUGCAGAUAAAGUGACCAGGAUGUGAAUCUUCAUUUCCUUCUUUUAAAGCGAUCGCUGAGGUUUUUUAAAUCUAUCUGAUCAUUUGUAAUCUGAUGACAGGAGACUCUACCUUCAAAUCUUGCUUUUUAAUCACAAAGCAUUUUAUUAUGCAGAAGUUGAAAUACAUUUAAUAAAAAUCGUCAGACUUGGAUCAAGUGAAGACUUCAGACUGUCGUAAAAAAAGUCAGUGUGAUCAAAAUAAUGUUUCAGUUUCUCCUUGAGAUCAUCUGUUUUUUUGUGAAAAUUGUCUUGCCAUCUUUUUGGGAACUCCCUCAGUUUUUUCCACCUUAUCUAUGUCACUAGCAGAAUAUUCAUGCUCCUGGCAGAAUCACCUCCGUUUAAAAGCAUAUUACAUUCUUUAAAAUCUGUGGAAACUAAAAUAGACUUGUGCAUCUUCAUUGUGUUGACACAGAAUGCUCCCAAAAUUUUUAUUGUGAUGAUGUUUUUUUCAAAUAUUUCACUACAUUCUCACUUGAUGAAAAUAUUUUGUGAACAAGGAAUUUUCCAGAUCUGUCCAUGAAUCAUAAAUGUUGCGUGAUGUAAUCUUUGGCACCAGUAGAAUGGUCCCGGUGUAUUUUAAUUUUACUUUUCAGUGACCUAAGUACUUAUGUUUUCUAAAUACUAGUCGCUGAUACUCAUAAGCAUGUAGUAAUAGUGUAAAAAAAAAAACCCAACUGUAUAUUGCAAAAUAUUAUUUGUAAAUUGCAAAAAUAAUGUAUUUGUUUUUUAAGCAUUUUGCAGCAUUUAACAUUGUUAUGGUGAUUGUUCUGGGACCCAAUGACCCCGGUGAUUGUUUCACCCCAAGCUGAUAAACAGUACAUAAUGCCACACCUAGCCAGUAGGGAUCACUUAUUUCCUGUGUGAACCCACUAUUAGAGCAUUCUCUGUCCUUUUGUUUUAAAAUUUGCUGCCAGAUCUUGAAUUUACUAUUUUGAAUGAAAGAAAUUUCAGAGUGCUCUUCAUCAUCGAUUUUUAAACAAUUUAAACACCAAUAUUAAAAAAAAAAAAAGAUGUAUUCCAUCUCGUAGUCUUGGGGUAGUCUAUAAAAUCUCUCUCCACCUGUUCUUAAAGAAAACAUACUUCGCAAGAAUGCAAUGAAUUGCAUUGGUCCUUUGUCUCAAGGUAUGGCAAUUAACGCAGAAAAUUUCUUCCUCGGCUGGGCAGAGACGAUGCAUCUAAAUCUGGGAAGAAUUAAACUCACAAAGGAAUGAAGAACUCUGACCAUAUCAAUGAUUGUUUUUAUUCGGGGGUGCAGGGAGACUUUUGCCUCUCAAUUCCUCAAAACAUACCCCCCAUUCACUGAUGAAGUGGCUUAGUCUCUCUAUGUAUUCAUCGGCAACGUAUUUGAAACACAUAAUUAACUUAAAAUAUUUGGGGAGUCCAAAAUAUUCUCACUAAUCUCAUGGAAUAUUGUAUUUUUAACUUAACAUUAACUCAUUAACUUGUGGUGAUAGCUAGUUGUUCCUCAUUAAUGGAGAAGUGACUUUAAAAUUAAAAAGGGAGAGAAUACCAUUACAUAUUAAUGAAUGAUAUCACUAAACGUUUCCCUCUUACAACUUCUUUCCGUGUUAGCUCACAUGGGAGUGAAUUGCGAGAGAAUCUCUCAAGUUUUUGAUUCUGCAAUUUAAUAUUGUUUACUGAAAUAGAACCGUGUGCUUGAUGAUUGCCAUGGCUAGACACAGUUGAAAAGAACAUAGCUAUGACAGCAAAUAAAGUCAGUGAGGCAAAGGCAAAUAAGGUCAAUAUCUUUUCCGUACCAGCGAUCUGUUUCUUGAGCCUAACCUUUAUGUAUGCCUAGUCUUUGGGUCCCAUCUACUUCAUGAAUUUUAUUCUCGAAGAAAAAUUAUCUACCCUAUGAAAAAUGUUAAAAUUUUGGUUAAUUUUUCUCAAAAUGCCUUUUUUUGCCCUUGGAGUCAUUUUUCCAUCUAAAUCCGCUAAUUCCCCCAUGUGAUAGGUUAAGUAUUAUCGCAUAACUUUUUCUUUGUGAAACAUUUAAGGUAAUGAAGAAAGACUAAGCCAUUGAAUCAUUGAAUUCAUAAUAGUAUCCUUGCACAGCAAGGCUCAGAUUUUUUCCACCACAGAAGUGGUGUACAUACUCAUUUGAUAUUUGCCAAAAUCAGUGCAAGAAACGACUAUCAACUGUUUCUCAUCAACUUCUUGUGUCAAGAAGUCAGUUUUGCAGAACCAUUCUGCCUACAAAAUGUUGCGCAAGAAUGAGAAGAAAUGAAAAAUUUUGAACAACUUAAAUUUUUACAGUUCCAAAUUGACUUAAUGUUAUACGUACUAUUUGAGAAUAUCCUGCACCCCUGCUUGUACUGAUUUGUUUCUUAGCAGGGGAAAUCUAAUCAAGUUCCCUAAUUGAGCUGCACUUCAUGAUGAGAAGUUCCACCUAGUUUCUUUUCUCUUUUAUUGGCUGUUAGUUCAUAAUUACAAUUAAGAAUUUAUUUAUUUUUUAAAAGGAAAAUAGUACAAGCAGUUUUCCAUAACCACCUCUUGCUGAGUCAAGUGAAAAAGUGUUGUUAAAUUGUUUUUGGUGCCUUGCAUUUUUAGGGAACUUGAUUACAUUCCUUGUUUUCGUUCAUCCUUCGCGUCUAAAGCGGUAUUUAUUUUAAAUGUAUUAUUAUUUAAUCCAAUAAAGUGAUAUACUUGGAUUUACAAA